CACAACCGCUGUCACGUGACAAAAACCCGGAAGCGCAAAUCAGUCAAUAUGUCGCAGCACGGAAUUACGAGCUAUUGAGUUCCCAUAUCUUUCUUCUUUUUUUUGUUCAUAAUUAAAAAUGCAAAAUUACGAUAAGACACCUGUGGACUCCAUGCCUGCAACCGCGCCUGGUUUCAGAGGGAAUGAAGGUUCACUUGUCUCUGUACUCAAGACGCUAUUGUUUUUCACUCUUCUGAUGAUAACUUUACCAAUCGGGCUGUAUUUUGCAUCAAAGUCUUUUCUCUUUGAAGCCUCUCUGGGAUACUCCAGCAAUGACAGCUACUUCUAUGCCGCCAUCGUUGCUGUGCUUGCUGUCCAUGUGGUUCUGGCUCUCUUCGUUUACGUUGCAUGGAAUGAGGGAUCACGCCAAUGGAGAGAGGGAAAACAGGAUUAAGCAAGACGAUAAAAACUAAAGGGAGAGAUGGGAACACGCAUAACACUCUGUCUUAUUCAUUCCUGAACUAGAGAAUCGUAAUGGAGUGACACCAUCUCUCUCUGUGUGUGUGCUUAAUUUUCUCCUGAAUGUCUCAGCCUAUCAGAGAGAAGAUGCCUGAUUUCUGGUCGAGGUCAUCUUUGGUCUGGCUGGAGGUUGUGUCAGAAGGUGUUAGAUGUUAAUCUGUGGUUUUGUGCAGGGUUAAUACAGGACGGCAUUGAAGACGCACUGUUCUCAUGAAAGUUCAUUGUUCUCGCAGUGUCAUAUUUGGACCCAUUUCAGUGGGGUCAGAGUUUUAUGCUGACAUUAUGUGUUUUAGAUCUAUGUAGCAAAUAAAUCAACGCUCCAUCUG